AUGUACUGGGAGGCACAGCUGGAGAGGAAGGCUCGAGAGCUGGAGGCCAGGCACAAGACUGAGCUGGAGGAGAAGGACCGGAAAAUAAGAGAAUUAGAAGGACGCACUGAUGAUACAUUACUGGUUGAGGGUAAAGAUCAGAGCCGUCUGAGGAUUGUGCUCGUGGGGAAGACAAAAAAUGGGAAAAGUGCCACAGGAAACACCAUACUGCAGAAGGAGGAGUUCCAGUCUGAGUCCAGUUCAACAUCAGUGACUACCUGCUGUCAGAAAAGAGAAGGGGAAGUAGCUGGCAGGCGUGUUGCUGUAGUUGACACACCAGGUCUCUUUGACACAGAAGUGUCUAAUGAGGUGGUCCAGCAGGAAAUAGCCAAAUGCGUCUCCUAUUUGGCCCCAGGACCUCAUGUGUUUCUCCUGGUGCUACAGAUCGGGAGAAUCACAAAGGAGGAGAAGGACACAUUGCAGCUCAUUCAGAGUACCUUUGGUACAAUGGCUGAAAUGUUCACCAUAGUCUUGUUCACAAGAGGGGAUGAUCUUAAUAAACCAAUUGAAAGUUUCAUUGAAAAAGGUGGUGCUACACUCCAGAAUCUGAUUCAUGACUGUGGACACAGGUUUCAUGUCUUCAAUAAUAAAGAGAAGAGCAACUUCACCCAAGUGUCUGAGCUGCUGGAUAAGAUAGACAUGAUGGUGCAGAAGAAUGGAGGAGGCUGCUACACCAAUGAGAUGUUCCAGGAGGCAGAAAUGACCAUAAGGAAAGAAUGUGAGAGAAUACUGAGAGAGAGAGAGGGAGAGAUGCAGAGAGGGAGAGAGAAGCUGCAGGCAAAACAUGAAGAGGAGGUGAAAGGGAUGAAGAGAAGGAUGGAAGAACAGAGACUUAAAGAAGAGGAAGAAAGAAUCCAUCGUGAACAAGAGCUGAAAGAAAAAGAAGAACAUUUAAGGAAAGAGCUACAAGACUGGAAGAAAAGAGAGCAGGAGGAAAAAGAAAGACGAGAAGAGGAAGAGAAAAAGAAGAAGGAAAUGCAAGAAUUAAAGUGGAAGAAAAAAAUUAAUCAGAUAGAGGGAGAGAAAAUGAAACUCAAGAGAGGACUUGAAAAGAAAGAAAGAAGAUGA